AUGUCCAUGGCUACUCAGAACUCGCAGAGCUGCAAUAAUGUGAAUAAAGCUUUUAUGGAGUCCUUUGACUGUUUUGUAAUUUCCAUGUCAAACACCAAAUGUGUUAAAAAUAUUCACAACUGGUGUAUCGGUAAAUUCAGCACACAUGCGAAAACGUUUCUCAUUUCAUUUCACAUCUUGACAGUUGGUAUGAUUUUCCUCAAUCUUCACACUUCCUCAUUGCCAAUAAGUGACUGGAGUUUUUGCUUUGUCUUAAUUUUGAUGUGGAAUUUAGUCUCCCUACAAAUGCUGCUAUCAAAAUUACAUUUUUGCUUGUAUCUAAACUUUGACCUCCGAAAAGUUGCUACACCUGCACGCUGCCACUAUGAUGCAGACUACAAGAGGCUACCUACCAAGAGAACCACCGAAGACGCGAAAGCUUUGAGAAAUGGAGAGCCGAAGCUUGACCAAGAAUUGGGCAAAUGGAAAGAGAGGAAAAGACGGCAAGAGGAAGUGAGAGAAAUGGCUAGAGAAGGGAUAAGACAAGGUGCAGCAUUUAUAAGUGAAGUUAACCGACUAUCCAACUGGUUUGGAUCUUUGUUAGUGAGCCAGUCUGAGGGUGAGCAAAGAAUGAUGCACUAUGCCAGCAACCAUGUUACACAGGUAGUAGGUGAUGGGAGCUAUGUGUCACGCUCGAGGGUACAGGGGAGUGUUGUCACACGAGCCAGGGCAGAAAACCAUGUUGACUUUCAUGCUCAAAAUGAUAUACAAUAUGUUUCAAGGGGCCAGAGUAAUCAGGUAUCCUAUCAAGUGACACAUCAACAGGGGAAACAAGCUAAAAAAAGGAAAAGCUCAAAAGUAGGUGGUGCAACUCUUAGCCCACCUCAGGUAAUCAGUUCCGACCUGAACUGGAGUCCUAUCCCAAAACGACAUGCUUCACCUUCAGAGAGUUUGUGUGUUGCACUUUAUUGUGAUGAUGGCUGGGAAGAUGACCAACCACUAGAGAAAACUACAGCUAGUCAAUCAGUCCGACCACGUUUACCAAGUUGCAGCUAUAAACGGCCAAAUCGACCUUCCCUUAGAAGUCUCACCUUUACUGAUGAAAUAUCGGAUGACAACAUUCCAGAUCACUGUUCACUCACUCCACCUGUGAGUCCAGCAGUACAGCUUCGACCCUACACUAACCCCAGAGACACACCGACCCAUCAUCCACCACUUCUCCAGAGCCCUACCCACCGACUGGCUGCUCUGCCAGCGCAUGAUCUUACACUGGAAUCUCUGCAUGACCUGAAUUGGUUACAUAAAAUGGAACCAGAUGACCAGGUUGUUCUUGAGGUGCAUGUCAUAUGGUCAAUUCUUUCUCUAAUGGUUGUACUAUUAGCUUGCUAUACUUUGCAUCAUCAGCCACUAACAGGCUGAAAUUUAGAUCUGAAACUAAGAUGUAAGUGUAUGGAAAGGUUUGUUAUGUUUCUUUAACUUUUUUAAAUAUUAUUUUAAAUUUUUACUCCUACAUUUUUUCAGUUUAAAGUUUCCAAUAAGACAUGCAAAUAAGGAUAAAUUCAAUUCCUGUCUUACUAAUAAAUAAGCAAAUAUUAUUUUAUUUUUGUACAUAUCAUUGAUUUUGGAAUAAGUGUUUUCUUUUCUUAAGCUUCGUAAAACUCUGGUUUUAGGAUUGAAUCAUCUUGUAAUUACAUGUCUGGUUUUAUUUAUGAUAUACUUUAUAAUUGAUAACAUCACUUGAAACUGUCAGAUAACAGAAAUAUUUAAUUUUUGUAUUAUGUAAUAAUAAUAGUCUCGUCAGAUUUUCAGAAUUUAUUUCAUUACAGAAAUAAUACAGAAAUAUACAGUUAGGAGUGUUGAGUUACAUAUUUAUAUAUUAAUAAAAAAUAUAAUACAAGCCAUAAGUAGUUUAUUUAUUUAUGAUUAGGCUGUAUGAACUGUAUAACAUUUCUUGAUGUACAUUUUAUUAUUAGAAAGGAAGAUAAAAGUUUAAACUAUUUUCCCAUUCAAGGCUAUUCAUAACAGAUGUAGAAAUACAUCAUGACCCAGAUAUACUAUUGACAUGACAACUUGAUUUGCUAAUAUUAGUAGGUCUAUUGUAUUUGUGAUAAUUUCAGAGAAAUUUGAAAAGAUUUUAUUUUAUUUAUAGGCAAGUUAUACAAAAAAUGAAGUAAUAUUCAUUCCACUGUUCAUUUUUGUUUGUUAUGAUAUGUCUGUUGUGUAUUAUUUGAUUUGGAGAUAACUUCAGGAACUCUUUGAAUGAUGAUGUAAAGUAAUGGUAUUUCUGUCAGAUUUCUUUUUUGUCAGUGAAAUUUUAAGACAAGAACAUAUUUAUAGUAGUUAUAAUUAUGUUACUUGCAAUAAUGUUAAAGUGUUUUUUUUUAUAUGAGUGCUUGCAGUGAUUCCCACAUAUGUUCAAGAAACUAGCACUGUUAUUAGAUACAUUUAUUAUCUUGAAUAUUUUUAAAAUGUUUUGAAAUGAUUGAAAGCCUGUUCAGAGGCUCUGUGGUAUAUGAUUGUAAUACACAUGCAAUACUAAUGCUGCCAUUAUAUCAUUCUUCACUGCUGUGUGGUAAUAGUAGUUUCUUGGAGGCUUGUGUAGUUACUGAAAUGUCAUUGUUUCUCUAUUUUUCUUAAAGAGUAAUAAAACCUUGUUGUAUGUUGGUAUAUGAUAUAUGAGUGCUAUAUUGCCACACAGAUACCAGUACUAGACAGGUGAUACUUGGAGAACCAAUACUGUAGACACCAACCAGUGAAAAAUAUUUUAUUUUUGUUAAAGGGAUAACCUAGCAAAUAGUUCAAUUAAGAAAUGGAAGCUAGUCAACCAUAGCCUUACAGAUACAAUUAAAGUAUUUAGGUUUGCUUACCUCAGAAAAGCAGUGUUACUGAUUUUGAUCUUUGAUGAUUUAUUUUCCUUAUUAUGUAAUCAAAGUUUUGUAAAACACUUAAAUUUGCAUUGGAAAAAAUGUGUUUUAAUUUUCUUUAAAUGUGUAUGAUAUUUGUAUUUGGCCUGAGGUGAAUUUAACAGUUCCUUUAGUAGGCUGCAAUAAAAUAAAAUCAUGAGAGAUCACACUAUGCUGAAUUGUAUGAAGUUGUAGGUCUAAUUUGCCUGCUGAUGAUAAUUUUCAUUCUUAAAUUUAUAGGGUUUUUGACUAUAACCUUCAAUCUUAAUUCUUCCAGGUUUUUGACAACAAUAUUAAUUCCAGAAUUUUAGAUGUUUAGCAGUACAAUCACCUAUUUGCUGCUGAUGAAUAUAAUCCUGGGACUUUUUCUGAUUUUCGAUGUAUGGUAAUUUUCUUCAGUAAAGGUAGAGAUUUCCCAAAGGAGGUCAGCAUUUUUUAUAAAUAUUAUUGAUUCAUGGGGUAUAGCUAGAUGAAGAUUAUCAUCAGGGCCUUCUUUGUUGUAUCUUAUAUUAUUUCUUAUCUAGCACAAAGCUCUCAUUUUUUGUGUUAAUUGAUUCACAUAAUUAUAAUUGUAAUCAUCAUCAUCAUUGGAACCAUCACCAUUAUCACCCUCCAGAUAAUCAUAGUCAUUAUCAUCAUUCAUUAUUAUCAUUACUUUCCUCUGACUGGAUACAGCAUUAUUACAAUACAGUAUAAGUGAUUUUAGGAGUACAAACAAGAAGUACCCUAUUGCUCUAGUUAGUGGUAUUCUUACUGAAAGCAAUUUUUUGUAUAACUGAUCAUAGUUCAUUUGUUACAGUGGUACUUAGUUUUCUUGGACUUGUUGGUUGGAUGCUGUAUGUCUUAGAUUGAAGAUAUUCUGUGAUUAAUAGUCCUAGCUUAAUAGAUUCUUUAGAAAAUGUUGCUCAAACCUUUCCAAACAAUAUUUGAACAUAAACAUUUAUUGUAUAUAUCACAUUGUCUUUAGCUUGAUACUGAAUAAAACUAUCAAUUCAUCUCAACUGAACAAUAUACUUAGAAUAAUGUUCUUCUUAUAGAUAAAAGUUUUGUUCCAACAGUACUUAUCAGGAAUGUUAUGCAAAACUAACAAAUUAUUAAAAAGUUAGACUCAGUAAGCUAGGACCAUAAAAGUUUAUGGAGAUGUCAGACUUUAUCUUAAUCUUUCUGGUUUAUUUCCCUAUAUGGUAUCAUACAACAGCAGAAUCUCACUAUAGCAAUGAUAUUACAUUCGUUGCAGUAAUGCUGUUAAAACUCUUGUAAUUAUGUAACACUUUCAAAAGAAAUAAAGAGUGCAGAUAAUUUAUCUUCCUUCCUAUAGCUAUGCCACUGUGUAGAGAUCUGACAGAGACCACAUGAGCAGUGUCAUCUGUGAAAGCAGGGCAGUAGAAAAUUUAAAAACUAAGCUUUUUUUAUAAAGAGUAUAAUAUAUUUUGAUAUACUUUCCCUUCAUCCUCCAGCAGGUGCCAAGCUAUGCACAUAAAGUUUUCUUAGACCUUUUUUUUUAUCACCAAGAGUUUUUUCUUUUUUAAUUAGGAAAGAAUUUGCAUUUCAGAUAUUUGUUAGACUAUAAUAAACUGCUGUAACUUUAUAUCAUUGGCUAUUCUUAACCCAAUUUCAAAGAAAAUGUAUAGAUAACAAAGAAGACAAUGAGAUUUUAUUUCAUCCAUUAUUUUUAGGUCAUCAUGAAUUUAUGAUAAAGUAUGCAUGAAAUUAGCCUAAGAAAUCAAAGUACCACUGUAUCAUUUUUAUAUGACUUUUCUGGUUCUUAAAAAUCUAAUAUAAUGUUAGCUUAUGCACCCCCAACAAAGAUUGGAUUAUAAUUACCUUAAGAUAUCCACAAAAGAGCAAAAUACUUGUUUAGUAGCUUAACUGCAGAGCAGGAAAAUAUAAUGAUAUUAAUUUCCAUUUGUUGUAUGUUAGUUCACUUUUUUUUAUCAUACCGUAGCAAGAUGUCCAAGAAAGGUAAGAGGGUAAGAGGUAUGACCUUUAGUACCAAGGUUGUGACUGAACUGCAAGCAACAUCCAAUGAUCAGAGGGCAUUUGCUUCUGAAUACUUUAUGCAUGUAAUCAUUGAAGUUUGUUUUCAUUGUCUUUAUUUUAUUAUCAGUUACAAAUAUACUAUUUUUGUAAAAAAAGAAGAAAAAAUCGGUGAUAUCGUAAAGCUCAUGCCAAACCAUUUUUUGUAUUACUAAGAAUUUUUGCUUUGGUUGUGAAGAAAUACAUUACUUCUACAACCAAGAGGUUGCAGUAAAUAAAUUCACAUUAGUGGCUGAUUACUGUCAAGGAGACAAAUUUUAAUGUGGAUAACUAAACUUAUGCAAAGUAUGCUAACUAAUGCACAUGCAGUAUAUUUUAUGUAACAUACUUGUUAUUCAUAAUAUUGAUAAUAAUAUUAAAGAUACUUGUCUUUAUAUUUCUCAAGAAUGUACUAAAGAAAAUUAGCAGGAUAGUAUGGCUUCCUAAAAGGAGAAAGUGCUAAAUAAUUAUUUGAAUCAAGAUCAGGCUAUUUUAGAGAUAAUCAAUUGCUAAUUCUUUAGAACUAAACAUUUCUUCCUAGCUUCCUCUAUCACCUUUUGCACCCUAUUGGACCUGAAAAUAAUAUGGAAAUGAUUUCCUGUUUUUAAGGAUUAUCUAUGUCUAUUUUGAUAUUAGCACUAUUUGAUCUUCACAUAGGUAUAUUCAGUAACCUGAUUAUCAACGGAUUUUAUUUUUAAUAGGCCUGUAAGUUAUAGGGAUCAAAAAAAUCUAUGUAAAAUUCUGAUCUAUAUGUAUUAAAAAAUAUAAAUUAAUUCUAAAGACAUUGUUGUAAAGAUGUGUAGAUUUAUAAGAGCAAUUGGUAAAUAACAGAGUACCCAUAUUAUUAAGAUUAGCUUAAAUUCUAAAGUCUUUGAAAUUACCACCUUUGUAUAUGAACAAACUGCACUGGGUUGCUUUUCUUGUUUUUGUUCUCUUAGAAUUUAUAUAAUAGAUUCUAUCAUCUUUCUGUGAUGUAGUAAUAGGAUUAAUAACAGCAACAAAAAACUACAAAUGCUAUUUAAAUGUAUUGGUUAUAAGGAUGCAUGAUCAGGUAAAUAGAAGAGACAAACACCAAGGCCAGUGAAAUACUAAUGAACACAAGGAUAUGUUAAGGGAUGGACCCCAAAUAUAAUAAUCUAUCAGAUUUGUUAGGCUGUUACUUAUGAGACUAAAUGAAGCUAGAGCAAGUGGAUAACUUACUAAAACAUACAAACCCAUUUCAACUUUUUCAUUUAAAAUGUGUAAAUGUAUUUGAUGAGUUCAUAAACCUGUAACACAAAGUAUGUAAUACAUGUAUUAUGGCAUUGUUUCUUUAGGUAAUCCAAGUAAUUUUAAAUAAAGACAAUUCAUCCUUAUUAUUAGCAAACAUUUACCUUUAAAUUGUGUAUGUUUCGGCACACAUUUGAUUUACUGUUUGAAGGUUUGUGUUUUUUUAAGAGUGAGUAUUUUACUUUAAAGAAUAAAGGAAUCAAGAGAUGAUAAUUUC